AUGGAGAUGAAGAACAAUCGAAUCGCCUUUGAAGAAUUUGAUGGAGACAUAGAGAAGCUGAUGGGAUAUAAAAAGAUCACGGGACACCUGGUAUUUCAUGUGAAACUAGGAGAAAACCUCCAAAGGAAAGCUAUGUACUGCGCUGAUGGACACAAGACUGAAGCACCUGCAGCAUUGACCUACAGUAUGGUAGUGUCCCGUGAUUCAGUUCAGAUACUACUAAUGAUAGCAGCGCUAUAUGGAUUAGACUUGCAAUGCACGGAUAUUCAAAACGCAUUCCUCACUGCACCAGCAGGACCCGAGUCCGGUGAGGAAGAAGGCAAAGUAUUCAUUGUAAGAAGAGCAUUAUAUGGCUUAAAGAGUUCAUCCGCAGCAUUCAGAUCCCAUUUGGCGGAGACUUUUGAAGAUUUGGGCUUCAGCUUGUCAACUGCCGGCCCAGACGUUUGGAUGCAAGCAGCAGUGAAACCUGACGGCGAGGAAUACUACGAAUACAUCCUUUGCUAUGUCAACGACAUCCUCUGUAUGUUGAUGAAAGCCAAAGAAGUGAUGGAAGGGAUUGGAAGGGUGUUCAAAUUCAAGAAAGGGAAGAUUGAACCUCCAGCAAGCUACUUGGGAGCUAGGUUACGAGAGAAAACUUUGGACAGACACGACAUGUGGACGAUGUCAAGUUAUGACUACGUUGUGGCAGCUGUCAAAUUACUAUCUAUAUUAUCUACUACUUUGUAA